GCGAUUUUUAUUCUCUGGAAUGCUUCGCAAACAAUAGUGGUUUCGGAAGAUGAAAGUGCCUUAUUCGUGGUUCGUUCUCCUAUUUCUGGUUGUGAGAUCAAACGGAGAACAAGAAUGUAAAGUUCCUCUCGGCAUGGAAAACGGCAACAUACAGGACGACCAAAUAACAGCGUCCUCGCAAUGGAACUCAGCCACUCACGGUACCACCCGGGCUAGGUUGAAUCUUCUACCAAGCUCAGGAGCGGGAGGUUGGGUGGCUUUACAGCACACAGUUGAUGAGUGGCUCCAAGUGGACCUACGCAGUCAAUAUACGAGUGUUACAGGCCUGGCUACACAGGGGAGGAAUGAUCACGGUCAAUGGGUGACAAAAUACUACGUGCAGUACAGUUAUGAUGGAGUUAAGUUUGAUUCUUACAAGGAAAAUGGCCAGUCAUUGCGCAAGGAGUUUUCCGGAAAUCAGGACCGUGAUACAGUUGUAUAUCAUGAACUUAACCCGCCAAUCACAGCACGGUAUAUCCGUUUCCGGCCUCUAACAUGGCAAGGACUUGUGUCAAUGAGGGUUGAACUUUAUACCUGUCUGCAAGUGUGCACUGCACCAGCCGUUGGUAUGGAAACAGGUGACAUUCUAGAUUCUCAACUGUCUGCCUCAUCGGGAGAUCCUUCAAAGGCUCGUUUGAACGGAGUAGGGGCCUGGUGUCGACAAUGGCCGGAAACUGCGAACGAGAAUGUGUACAUCCAGGUAGAUUUUGGCCGACCUUACCGUAUUUGUGCAGUUGCCACUCAAGGAAAUAAUGCUGGAAACUAUGAUUACUUGAAAGAAUACAAACUGAGAUGGUCUGACGAUGGUGUUAGCUGGAGGGAAAGUCCAGAGGUUCUAGAAGGAAAUAGCAACGCACAUGAAGUAAAGAAGAACAUUAUUCCAGUUAUUUACGCUCGAUAUUUCCUCCUUAUACCGUUAAAGUGGUAUCAUUGGACAUGCACAAGAAUGGAAGUUUACGGAGAACCUUGGCCAGAAGAGUUAUAUUUGUUCGACCAUUCUCGUGACAUGUGA